UUUAUGAAUUAUAGUGCUAGUUUCGCAACGAUGUUCGACGUAGAAGGUACAGUCGCGAUUGUCACAGGUGCGCUUGGCGGGAUUGGAAGAGUACUCGUCAGGUCUUUGCUCACAAACAAAGCCAAAGGAGUCGCAUUGUUAGAUGUUAACGAUACUCAGGCUGAGGAAUUUCAGACUUCGCUGGAAAAUGAAUUCGGUGCUAACAAGACGCUCUUCUUGAAGGUAGACGUAACAGAUUUCGAAAAAGUUAAAGAUGCAUUUCAAAAGUGUGUGGAUCAUUUCGGAAAUGUGGAUAUCGUAGUAAACAACGCGGGAAUUGUUGGAAAUAUUGAGAUGGUCAUCAAAAUAAAUCUGUUGGCGACAAUUCAAAUAUCAAAUUUUGCUUUCUUCGAUUUCCUUCCGAAGUACAGGAAGGGUAAGGAGGGAGUUAUUAUUAAUAUAGCUUCGGUUGCUGGUUUGUAUCCAAUAGCUUUGUUUCCCGAUUAUUGUGCAACCAAGCACGGAAUAGUUGCAUACACUCAGGCUUUGGGAUCGGAAUCUCAUUACCAGAAUACGCAAGUGAAGGUCAUGGGUCUCUGUCCGGGAGCAACGGAUACCGAAUUUUCGAAAAAUCUACCAGAAUACUACCAACAGUUUAUAAACGAUAUCAAGCUAGUCUAUCAGUCAGCGGAAAUCCUGGGCAAUAGUUUGAUCAAAGUUUUGAAGGAGGGAAAUAAUGGUUCUAUUUGGAUUAGCAAGAAUAAUGAACCUGUCUACGAGUUCGACUACAAAUCAGAAACAUUACCGAUUUUAUUCAAACACGUAUUUUAAAAAUAGACCUUUCAUACAAUUAAUGUUUAUAAAUACCUACGGUGACGGGUUCGAAUCUCAACAAAAUAGAAAUAAAAUAUUGCAUUGUAGAGAUGAUAAGCACUGAGAAUGGUAACAGAAAUAAAGCUGUAAUUAUAAAAAUA